GGGGAAUUUAUAGGGAUUGAUUUUGGCCCUUUUUGUUCAUAAUUGCGGUGAUUCUGAAUCCUUGUUAAUCAGAGAUCUGAAAAUUCGACGUUUUAGUAGCUGAGCAUUGAUCAAUUAUUGUUUUGGUUCCAUAAUUUAUUAAUAGAAACGGAAUUCAAAUCUCCAGUUUUCAUUCUUCAGCUCUGAAGUUUGGACUCUCUCUCUCUCUCUCUCUCUCUCUACAGGGGAAUUAUAGUGAUUGAUGCUCAUCCAGUUAAUUCCAUUCAUAUUUCCGGCGGUCUCAAAAUCCUCCUUGUGAGAUGGUUGCUUUUGGGAAGAAGUUGAAGGAAAGACAAAUCGAAGAAUGGCAAGAAUAUUACAUCAACUACAAACUGAUGAAGAAAAAAGUGAAGCAGUAUGCUAAUCAAAUUGAAACUGGAGUACUGGAUCAUCGAAAUGUUCUCAAGGAUUUCUCAAGAAUGCUGGAUAAUCAGAUUGAAAAAAUUGUUCUUUUCCUGUUGGAACAACAAGGGAUACUUGCAAGCAGGAUAGCCGAGCUUAAUGAGCAACGAGACACUCUUCAGGAUCACCCUGAUAUAUCAAAGAUAACAGAGCUACGGGAAGCUUAUAGAGAAGUUGGACUUGAUCUUUUAAAGCUUCUCUUUUUUGUUGAAAUGAAUGCCAUUGGCUUCCGAAAGAUCCUUAAGAAGUUUGAUAAGCGAUUUGGAUACAAAUUCACUGAUUACUAUGUCAAAACUCGUGCUAACCAUCCUUAUUCCCAGCUUCAGCAAGUAUUCAAGCAUGUGGGAUUAGGAGCUGUUGUUGGAGCAAUAUCUCGCAAUCUUUCUGAUCUUCAGGAACGCCAGGGGAGCUACUUAUCAAUUUAUGACCAGCCUGCUCUUCCUCUCCAGGAUCCUGUUGUCGACUCAUUAAAAUCAGCUGUCGAUAGAUUAACCCAUUCGACAAACUUACUCAACUUUUUGGGGCAACAUGCACUUAUUAUGCAAGAGGAAUUGCCUACUGCUGAGGAACAUGCUGAUGAUCAAAGAUACCAUUUUAUGUCACUUCUUUUGAACCUGGCAAACACGUUUCUUUACAUGAUCAAUACAUAUAUUAUUGUUCCAACGGCAGAUGACUAUUCCAUGAGUCUUGGGGCAGCAGCAACAGUUUGUGGUAUUAUCAUUGGGUCAAUGGCGGUUGCACAGAUAUUUUCUUCUGUAUAUUUCAGUGCUUGGUCUAACAAGUCGUACUUCAGACCUCUGGUAUUUAGCAGCGUGGUGCUUUUUCUGGGAAAUGUAAUGUAUGCAUUGGCUUAUGAUCUCAAUUCAAUAUCAGUUCUUCUGAUUGGCCGACUUUUUUGUGGUUUUGGCUCUGCCAGAGCAGUUAAUCGGCGUUAUAUCAGUGAUUGUGUGCCACUAAAAAUCCGCAUGCAGGCUUCAGCAGGUUUCGUUAGUGCCAGUGCUCUCGGAAUGGCAUGUGGUCCUGCCCUCGCUGGUCUACUUCAAACUAAGUUUAAGAUUUACAAGAUCACAUUUAAUCAAGAGACUUUGCCCGGUUGGGUGAUGUCCAUUGCAUGUUUAAUCUAUUUAAUAAUUUAAAAGGGUUUAAAAAAAAAAAAAAAAAAAAAAAAAAUUCAGAUGCAUUAAUUUGAUUAAAGUGAGAAUAGGAAUCUGACAUUAAAUCUAUUGUUACCAGAAGGAAAUGAUAAGCUUGAGAAGGGUCUUGUGCAACCAUUGCUUCUAACGGCAGCAGAGAACCAACAAGAUAUUGUGGAGGAUCAAGAACUUGAUGAGAGUGAAGAAGCUCCUGAAGAAUCUUGUCGACCAGCCAACUCAAUAGGAUCAGCUUAUAGGUUACUUACGCCUUCUGUUAAGGUUCAGUUGUUGAUUUACUUUAUGCUUAAAUAUGCAAUGGAGAUUCUACUUUCAGAAUCUAGUGUCAUCACAACGUACUAUUUCAGUUGGUCUACAAGUACAGUAUCAAUUUUUCUUGCAUGCCUCGGCCUUACAGUUCUUCCGGUAAAUGUUGUCGUGGGAAGCUACGUAAGCAAUAUGUUCGAGGACAGGCAAAUUUUAAUGGCUUCUGAAAUAAUGGUUCUUCUGGGUAUACUCUUCAGCUUUAAUGUAAUAAUCCCGUAUUCCGUUCCACAAUAUGUCUGUUCAGGGCUCAUAAUGUUUGUAUCUGCUGAAGUAUUGGAAGGCGUCAAUUUGUCGCUUCUCUCCCGAGUCAUGUCAUCCAGACUUUCUCGUGGGACCUACAAUGGUGGGCUUCUCUCGACUGAAGCUGGGACAAUUGCUCGAGUGAUUGCAGAUGGAACUAUAACCCUGGGUGGAUUUUUGGGACAGAGUAAGCUUCUAAAUGUGACCCUUCUUCCUUCGCUGUUGAUUUGUGUAGCAUCCAUUAUUGCCACCUGCUACACCUACAACUCUCUAUACUGAAUCGGCUUUGUAUUUAGAUGAUGUUCCAAGUUUGAAAGCAUCAGCAUUGUUCACUCCUUUUCGUUUCUCUAUUUCAUCAUUUAAUAUGCUUGUUAUAUGUUCCGAUCGAAAGAAAAGGAAGGAAACUACAUGGACUGACUCGUAGUGUCCACUUCAUAAGAACCAGGAGGUCACACCUUUUAGUUUUCGUCUUGUUUGUGUAGAUGGAUACUUUAAAUUUUGAAUGAAACUAUUCCGUUAAUCUGUC